AUGGUGGGGCCUUCGGGAACUAAGAAGGCGGUGGUGACCCGCAUGCCGAGGGCUCCGGUUGUACCUCCUGAUGCUAGGCCGUCGGGAAUUCAAAAUAAGACAGACCAUCCAAACCAUGUCACCAAAAGACUCCUACAACUCAGUAGUGGAAACAAAUCAAGAGCCAAACAUAACAUCAUCAACACUUUCCAGCAGCCAGAGUACACAGCUCGAGACAUCGAGAUCCGGGAUGGAGUAUGGAAAGUCAUGGGCUUGAUGGAACGAUUUACGAAAGCUCAUAUCCGGUUCGAGCUUAAUAAUAUCGUUGCUUUGAAGAAGGUUUUCAAUACGCUGAAACCAGAGACGGGUAAGAUCAUUGGUUGUGUUGCGUCUGGAGGCCCUGGCGGCGAGGAUGGUUGGUAUGACUUGUUUACGAACGAGCCAAAGCGGUGUGCGCUUGUCGUUACUAUCAUAGGAAAUGUGCUCAUGGAGCAAGUAUUUCAACAUGCCUUCUUUGGCGGGAAAGAGGCUCAGAAGGAGUUACUUGCUAUUCAGAAGCAGUAUCAGAGGGAAGACGGGUUUGUCCGCAACAUCAAAUACGCGCAACACAUCCGCGCCAGUCUCGGUGAGGAAACGCAUCGCGGGCAGUUCAGCGGAAAAAUAGAUCUCACACCGCUUCCCCUCAGCUUCCACAUACACGUUAAAGAAGUUAUUUUAGCAAUUUACAAGCACCUGCUUCCCAUCCUCUCCCUCAACCCUUCCUUCACCUCCAAUCCUGCGCCCACAGCUCGCAAACCCGUUCUCGGAACCCUGUACACCCUUGUCGGCUGCGCAGAUGCCAUUUCCACCUUCAUGCGCUUAGAUCCCCACACCGUAUACUACUUCACUCCCAUCCUCAAGGAAAAAAAAAUGCAAACCACCCAUCCGCGCCGUCGAACAUCCUGGCCUGAAGAAUUCCUUGAAACCAACAUUGCGCGAGCGAAACACGAUGAACGUGUCGUAGAAAUCACACUAAUUGGUGGCGUUACGGCGUAUCGCCAAGGGGGAUGGGAGACGCAGGAUAGCGGAGUUGAAGAGGGGACAGUCAAGUAUGUAGAUGAAAACGGGAAAGAGAAGGGGAUUCGCAGUAGGGUUUUGACGCAGAGUUGGGUGCAUUCCUGCCUAAAAUUAGAAGCUACAGUGAACAAGUUGAAACACGAAACGGGAGAAGGCGCCCUCGACCUCACUGACGUGAGCGAGGCGUCUUCACACCUUCUGCCCGACUCCUGUCCACCUGGGCACUAG